AACAGAUCCUCUCUAAGGACGGUCUAUAAAGGUGUUCCUCAGGGGUCAAUACUGGGGCCACUACUAUUUCUGAUCUAUAUAAAUGACUUCCCCACAGAAAUCGACCAUAGGAAGAACUGUAUUCUCUUUGCAGACGACACCACUAUCUUAAUACCAUAUAAAAAGCAUGAACACACCGAAGACGUGGUGGACACAACACUCAACAAAGCAAACGAAAUAUGCAAAAAACUGAAUCUAACCAUAAAUAAGGAUAAAACAGUUCACAUUCGCUUCACCCCAAAAAAAUAGAAACAUUGAGGACCAAACAAACAUAGGCAUACCAGCACAGACAAAUACUAAAUUCCUGGGCAUACUGAUCAAUGGUCACCUCAACUGGCAGCACCACAUUGAACUGCUUUGCAAAAAACUGUCAUCUGCCAUCUUUGUAAUCCGAAGGAUCCGAAAUAUCACAGAGGAGAAAACUGCAUUCAUGGCUUACCAUUCUCUAUUUGCGUCUCAUUUAAAGUACGGCAUUGUGGCUUGGGGGUCUGCAGCCCAGACGAAUAUUGAUAGAGUUCUGCGAUUGCAGAAAAGGGCCCUGAGAACUAUCCUAAGAAGAGAUAUGAUGGACCACUGCAAGGCGCUCUUCAUCCAGCAUAACAUAUUCACAGUUGUCGCACUCUACAUAUACGAAGUAACAACCCUGGCUGUGAGGAGUAGCCCAGAAUUGAGGGGAAAUAGACAUGCCCACAACACAAGAAAUGGAGCUGACAUUGAACUCCAGCAGCACCGGCUUACAAAAUUCAGCAGGUCGCCGGCCUACUCUGGGGCCCGACUCUUCAACCUUCUGCCCAAGGAGCUUAAGGCAAUUCAGGACUACGGUGCCUUUACUAGAAGUCUGAAGAACUACUUGAUCAUGAGACCCUACUAUGCAUUGGCAGAGUUCAUAGACGACCAUGCAUACCGGCAUCACCGACCGUGAAUCCCCAUUGAUUGGGAAGAAAUUUGACGAUUCCCAGGUCAACGACCAUGGAGAAGACUACAACAAGUAACAAGAAUGGCUGAUCUGGUAUUUGCUGUGGAUGACCAGCCGCCAGUGCCCUCUACCGCAUAUCCGGGCAGAAGAGCAGGCACCAUCGUCUACGGAGACGGGCAGGGUUUCUACUACCACUGCGAAAGAGUGCGAGGUGAUUUGAGAGAUCCUGAAGCUUCCUACUCCAUUUCAACAAUUAAUGCCAGGAGGGCAAUGAAUAGAAUAAGAGUGGCUACUCAGCCGCGCAUCACCCUUGAAGACAUGAGGGAAGAACUAAGUCGAGUGGGCCGUGAGGCUUUGCGGUCCACAGAGAUGGGGACGGAGUUCUUUAUAAAUGAGGCGAUAAAGGGUGCGGAUGGGGAGGUAGUUGCUGAUGGUUUUGUCAGCAAGAGAAUCCUGGAUCACCUCAGGCGGCAUCCAGCAGAGGCCUCCCACCUCCUGAUGGAUGCCACAUUUAAAAUCGUUCCCAGACGACCAGAAAGAAUACAGCAAUUCUUUUCAAUUCAUGUUCUCCACAUGGAUAUUGCUGUACCAGUAGCAUUUUUCUUUAUGUUAAGAAAAACUGAAGCAACUUACCGGAGUGUGCUGGCGCUCUUGAGAGAGAGAUUCCUACAGUGGCAUAUUGCCACUGUGACAACAGAUUUUGAAAUGGCUCUAGUCAACGCAGUCAGGGAGGUGUUCCCGGAGGCAAGGCACCAGGGAUGCUGGUUCCACUUUCGCCAAAAUAUAUGGAAACAUGCAGUGGCACAAGGCCUCUUAGCUAUUAUUCGUGCUGAGGAUGAUGAAACAAAAAGGGUGGUGAAGAUGCUGAUGGCGAUUCCACAUCUACCACCACACCCAGGGCCCCCCCAUGAUCGACGAGUACCUCCCUAUGGACUCCAUACGAUAUGGAGUUGUUGAAGGCCUUGAUGCCGUCAACAAUUACAUACUGGAG